AUGAGAGGACAUCAAAAGAGUUCACCAAAUCUAAAAUUUCUAUAGCCAUAAUUAACUGCUCGUUAAUUAAAGAGAACUGACUCAAUUAAUUUACGAAAUGAUAUACAAAAAACUUAGCGUACUAAUCAAACAGAAAAUUCAAUGUCUAUUGAUAAAAUAUACUAAGUUACUCCAAAUAGAGUACUCGCUCUAAAGAAUACAUCUCGAGUCUUAAAAUAAAAUUACUUUCAAAAAACAGAACCUAAUGACACUUUCGAAAAAUAAAAUAUUUCUGAUAAUCUUAAAAUAUUAAGUAGAAAACAAACAGCUCCAAAAUUAAUAUAUAGACCAAUUACAAAAUAAAAUAGUGAACUAUUCUCUAUAAAAGAUUCACCAAGAAUAAUUCAAAAUUCAAGUUUUCAAGAUUCUAAUUCAAUUUAUUAUAUAUCUGAUGUUAUCACUGCAUAUGAAAGUAAAGAGAACUAUUUUAACAGACUUUUCAAGGAUCAUUUCUAAUCAAGCUUUAUGGCAUUUAAAUAAGGUGCCAAUUCAAAAAUUAUAUACAAACCAAAACCGGUUAUAAUCCCAAAAGAUCCAAAAGGUUAUUCUAAAUAUUUUAAAUUAGAUACUAAAAAGUAUACAUUGCUACUUGAUUUAGAUGAAACUUUAGUACAUUGCACUUUAGAUUUAAAAUUACCUUGUGAUAAAAAACUAAUAAUUAAACUUUCUUAAGAUGAAACAUUUUAAGUAGGUGUAUCUGUUAGACCUUGUUUAUAAAUAAUGUUAGAAUUGCUCGAACCUAAUUUUGAGAUCAUAGUAUUCACAGCUUCUCAUGGUUAAUAUGCAAAAAGAGUAUAUUUAUUCAUUAAUUUAGAUUGUUGAAUAUAUCGAUCCAAAAAAAAUAAUAUCUCGAGUUUUAUCUAGAGAGCAUUGUUGUUUUUCUGACCAAGGUUAAUAUGUUAAAGAUUUAUCUAUCAUUAAGAAUCGCCCACUUUCUAAGACUAUUUUAGUUGAUAACUCUGCUAUAAGUUAUUACUACUAACUUGAUAAUGGUGUUCCAAUUGUUCCAUUUUAUGAUAAUAAACUUGAUAAACAAUUACUUGCUUUAGCUAAAUAUCUUAAUGGAAUGGUUGGUAUAGAAGAUAUUCGCGAAUAUAAUUAGUAUUAUUUCAUUUCUAUAUAGGAAAAACCUAAAAACCUUUUUGCUUGCUAAGUUAUAAACUUGGGAAUAAGUUUUAGAAAUGUAUAAAGUACAUCUUAACUCCAGAAAAAACUGA